AUAUUCAAUCCUUCACGGCACUGCAUUAAGGACCCACAAUUUAUAUGGUAUCCUUCGUUUUCCCUUCAUUUUCCCGUGGACUCAUUGAAGUUUGUAUCUUUUUAUAUUCAUUCAGUUCUGAAAUGGAGUUAGGGCUGGUCACCCUGUUGAGAGCUGCAUGGGUUGCUGCGAUAUUGCCCGUUGUUAUCGCUUUGAUUCCUUCAUCCAAGAUUAAUUUUUUUCAACAAUUCGUGUUAGGGUUUGCUAAGCGUGGCAAGAUUAUGCAGUCUUCAUCAAAUAAAUUCACUGUUCCACAGAAACUCUUCAUUCACUUCUAUAUUCUAGCUUCUGUUUGGACAACACUUCUGUUAGGUGCAACCUGGCUUUAUGCUUAUAGUACAGUGCCAAAGAUCUCAGAACCGUAUCUUUUUUCUAGUAUUGCUAGCCACUUGACGGGAGGAUCAGGUAUCUUCUCUUUCCACAGUUCUCAUACAUCAAAGGAACAUAGAAGCAGGAUUGCUGUAUCAAUCUUUCUGCUUUUAUUAAUGGAAGCUCAAGUACUGCGACGUCUGUUUGAGUCAAUAUACAUAUUUAAAUAUAGUCCUUCAGCCAGGAUGCACAUUUUAGGCUACCUCACCGGUUUAUUCUUCUAUACAGCAGUUCCCAUCUCUCUUUGCUGCAAUCAUGCUACAGAGGUAUACAAGUUCGGGUUGAGUUUGAUUCAAGAGUUUAUUGUCAAAGGAAAAGAUAGGAUGCUAGCAACUGAGGUUGAUUGGUGGAGAUUUUUGAACCCUCUCAUUCAACUACGAUGGUACUCAUGGAUUGGUGCAGCUAUAUUUUUUUGGGGCUGGAUUCAUCAACACCAUUGUCAUGCAAUUUUGGGUUCAUUGAGGGAGAACAGAGAAGACAAUGACGAAUAUGUAGUUCCUCAUGGUGAUUGGUUUCAAUAUGUUUCAUCUCCACACUAUUUGGCUGAGAUUGUUAUAUAUGCUGGCUUUGUGGUUGCUAGUGGAUGUUCGGACCUCACAAUAUGGCUACUCUGGGGAUUCACGGUGGUAAAUCUUGUCUUAGCAGCAGCAGAAACACAUAGAUGGUAUUUGCACAAGUUUGACAACUAUCCUAGGAAUCGUUUUGCUAUUUUCCCAUUUGUUUAUUAAUGCUUAAUGACCAAGUUCUGCUAUAUUAUUUCUUUGAGCGGAACUGUGUAUGUAUAUAUAGGUUCUGUUAGCUAGAUGUGAAUUUU